AUGCUUUCGGAUCGUGUUCUCACAUCGGACCUUGUGAGUGCCACGGAAACCUUUGACAGCAGCAGCUCGACGGACGGCGAAGACGAGCGCGAGUACGUCUUCAAGGUUGUUGUUGUUGGCGAGUACAGCGUGGGCAAGACACUGCUGGUGAAGCGCCUGCUGACCGCCCCGUACUCGGUAGAGGCGAAUGGCACGCCAAUCAACUCUAUAGAGAAGCCGGACGUCCCUGCCGCUACCCCCGCUGCUGAUGGACUGGACGUCUCUCUGCCAGUUGUGCCGACGGUCGGAACCGACUUCUUUUCGCGCGUGGUGCGGAAUGUGCGUGACGGGCAGCACGUGCGGCUGCAGUUUUGGGACACCGCCGGCUUGGAGCGGUACGCGGCCGUGCACGCGUCGACGUACCGCAAUGCGUCCGCGGUGGUUGUCGUCUUUGAUGUGAGCAGCAGGCGCAGCGUCGAGUCCGUGCUGACGCGGCACCUUGAGGCGGCAGCACGGUACAACCCCGACAUUGACCAGCAGAGUAUCUUCAUCGUCGCGAACAAGGUCGACCUGCGCGCCAGCGGCGAGGGGGAAUGCGUGUCACAGCUCGACAUCGAAUCGACUCUUCUGAGCACUCUGCCGGAUGUGCACUACCACGAAGUCAGCGCACUCACAACGGCCGGUGUGUGCGAGUUGCUCCGCUCUUUGUGUGACUCACUUCUUACUGGAAGUGGCGCUGAUGCGGAAGGGGCGACAGAAUCAGCAGCGCCAGAGCAGCCAAAGCCCGGUGCAGAUGCGACAAAGAGCGUGGACCCCUCCCACAAUGCCCAGCCAACACCCGCAGCAGUAGCAACAACAACAAUAGACGCAGGCGUAGGUGAGAAGUCGGUCUUCUCGUCCACCCCUCCAGUUUUUCGGACUGAUGUGCCAGCCGACGAUUAUUCCCCACGCGAAGGUGACGGCGGCAACACCACACAGGGUGUGCCUGUGGCCGAGCGUCACGCAGACCCGCACCAACUGGAGCGCCGCAGCAGCGACGUCUUGCACAGUGCCGCAGCAACGGCGACGUGGCGCGGCGGUGGGAAGACCGACGCCGCACUGACGAUGCCUGAGAGCAGCGAUGCACACGAGGGAAAUUGCAGGGAUGCGCUGGAGCACAGCUGCACGGGCGCGGACGAGCAGCGGCGGGCGAGCACCAGCCACAGCAGCGACUCGGUGGACUUCCAGCAGCGGAUCCAGGAGCGUUUUAACGCAGCGGAGCAGAACGCGCGGCAGACGUCCGCGCCGCAGCCACUGCCGCCCAACGCACCGGGCCGUGAUAGGAAGGUGCCCAAGGUGAAACUGUCGUCGUGCUCAGGUGAAAAAUCGACUGUUAAGAAAUCAAAGCGGUGCAAAUGCUAA